AUGUCAAACCCAGACGAUUCAACACCUGCCGACAGCUUUAUCAGCAAGGAAGAUGGCCUAAAAUACUGGGAGGGCGUCGGUGCUGAUGUCAAUGGCAUGCUAGGCGGCAUCCCUGCAGUACAGGGAUUCUACGGCAUCUUGAGGACGGACCUCCAGGGCUCACGGACAUUUUUAGCCAAGUUGGGCAUCGGCAGCAAGAAUGGUCGGCACAAGGUGAUCAAUGCACUGGAGGGUGGAGCAGGCAUCGGGAGAGUAACAGAAGGCCUCCUGCUACCCAUAGCCGAGCAGGUUGAUGUCGUUGAGCCCGUGGCCAAGUUCACAGCGGCGCUCCGGAGCAAGCCUGGGGUACGAACUGUCUUCAAUGUUGGUCUACAAGACUGGCGGCCGACCGAAGACGUGCGGUAUGACCUGGUUUGGGUGCAGUGGUGUGUAGGCCACUUGACUGACAUACAGCUGGUGGAAUUUCUUGGCCGGUGUCAAGAGGUCCUGAACCCAGAUGGAAUUAUCGUUCUGAAAGAAAACAUGAGCACAAAGGGAUAUGAUGUUUUUGACGAAGAGGACAGCAGUGUCACCAGAGAGGAUACCAAGUUUCGGAGCAUCUUUGAACAGGCCAACUUGAAGAUUGUUGCAACGGAGCUGCAGAGAGGGCUUCCCGAGAACGGGACUAUGAGGCUUCUCCCUGUGCGGAUGUAUGCUUUGAAGCCAAUGGCUUGA